UAAAAACCGAGAAGGAUCAUGCUGAUGAUAAUCCAUAUGAAAUUAGGGCGUACCUCCCAGAUCUUAUGAGAUCAUUUGGGAAGCUUGAGAAUGGAUUACAAGAUGUGCUGAACAAUAACAAAAGAUGGGCGGACACCAGUCAAUUAAAGGAAAUGAGAUUUUUUGAUAAAUUGGAAAAUGAGCCAAAGUUGUAUUGGAUUGGUUGCUCGGAUUCAAGGGUGCCACCAGAACUAAUUUCUCAAUUGGGAUUUGGGCAAGUAUUCGUGCACAGAAACAUUGCGAAUCAAUUUAAAACCGAUGACGUAAAUAGUAUGUCGGAAUUGGAAUUUACCGUCAACCAUAUUAAGGUCGAGCAUAUCGUGGUCUGCGGUCAUACGAAAUGCGCGGGGGUCAAAAAUGCUUGCAGAGAUGAUCUCGGAAAGAACCUGGUCGCCUGGCUGUCCGAUAUCCGUAAGAUCAAGGAUGUACAUCCUGAACUAUUUCCUGAUCAAGAAACCUUGUCACGCAUGAGCCACGAUGAGAUAGACAGAAUUCAGGAGAUUUUGGUAGAGGUUAAUGUGGCGGACCAGGUGAAAAAGCUUUCAACAAAUGACAUAGUUAAAAAGGCAUGGGAAGACGAAAAGAGAAAGUUGGCAAUUCACGG